AUGCGGAAUUUGACAAAUGCAUCGAAUAUAUGGAAUGCUUUGCAUGGUAUUUUAUGUGUUCAUAAACCAAGAGAUAUGUCGUUAGGAGCGCUGAAACGUUAUCUUGUUAGUAGGAUUUGUGAAAAUGCAAACGGUCUGUGUUUGCCCGCUCAGAUACCUCUAAUGGAAGUGCCAAUUGUUGAACCUCAUCCUGUAUCGCAGGCACCUGUUGUUGUAGGAUUACGGAAGCAACCAGACUACAAGUAUUGUAAAAGAUAUCUUCCAUUAGGUUGUUGCAUAGCAACAGUCUCUUUCGAUUAA